AAAUUCAAAAAGAAGAUUUUUCCCAUACAAAUUUGUAUGGAAAAUUGAAUUGCUUUGCGCAAAGUGAGGACUAAACCAAUCGUUCCCAAACUUUGGGGAGUUGUUAAGGACCCUAUAAGGAACCAAAAAGUUGCUGUGCUAGCCAAAUUUGGACAACUUUAUUUUUUUCCAUACAACCAUAUUACACCCUAAUGGGACAUUUAUGCGAUCAGGGGCAGUAAAGCACUCACACGUUUUCUUGUGAGCAUUCCCGGCUGAUACCGUGAUAACUCGCGACCAAAUGAGUGAACUUGUGGGAUUGUAAAACUGGAAGCUGUAAGCUUUAGUCGGUGAUAAGAUUGCUUCUCAGUUGAUUCGAGUUUUCAGGAAAGCGUGCUGCUUUCUCAAACAAUAUAACAGUGUUGCAUAUUGUUGCAGGUUAAAAGGGAUUUGCUCUACUAGUACGGCUUAUCUUAUCAAUCAUCUUCCGGUAAAGUCUUUUACAAUAAGAAAACUGGCCAGACAAUCAACGCAAAAGUCAACGCUAAUCAUCACAAGAACAAAAAAAUAUAUCUACAUAUAAAAAGUACACUGCAAACAAAAUGGAAUCUUUCUUUCGAAUGCGCCGAUCAUCCCAUGCUCCAAGCGCCAACCAAGAACCACUCAUCGUAGUCGAAGAAUCGGAAAAUCUCGAAAAAGAAGAAGAAAUAAGCCAUACCUCAUCUCCUCGCCAAAGCUUGGAUAUUGAUUCUCCGGAAAAUCCGUACCUGCUGUCACCAUGGCGCGAUCCGCGAGAAACCCGUAAGCACUCGUUGCCAACGCCUCCAUGCACGAGUGGCAUCACAGCUAGCCAGGUUCGGCGGCUUUCGGAUCAGGCUAGAGGUCCUUCCCCGAUAGAGCAAGCAUUCUUAGCUACUCUGUACAGUUCAACCCCCCCGGCUCCCGGUGGACGGAGACACUCUGUUGUUACAAUAUGCAAAGUUCCUCCCACUAUUUUCAGUCGCAACAGAAGAGAGUCAAUAGCGGCAUUACCUGCUGGACAAAGAUCCACAGCCAGCUCACGCCGAGAAAGCAAAACAGGCCCACCGCCGUCUACAGAUCAUAGAGGUAGUAUACAUAAUUUACAAUUAGAUAUUAUGGAUGACAUAGUACAAGCUAGAAAGGCGCGUAUGAAGUUGUGGAAUACGAGCAAUGAAAAAGUAUGUGAAGUUCAAACGCUGGAUGAAGCUGGUGCUGGUUCAAGUUCACCGAUGCGAUACACAAAUACAAAUAGAAGGUUUUCGGACUUUGUGGGCACUACAUUACCCCCAAUACAGUCUUUUAGACGCGCUUCCGAAUUGCCUGUUUCGCCUUCGGCGCCGUUAACACCAGCAACAACGUCAUCGAAACAGAUUGUUACGUCGCCAAAAGCAACACUGAAGUCGGGAAUUGUCUGUACAAAUACUGACCUAAUAUCUCUUCUAUCGUCCCUAGCUUCAUCGGCAACCGAAAUAAAUAGAUGUGGUGAUAAAGAUUAUCCAACCCCUCAAACUCCUCAAUCAUCAUCAUCAUUUAAAUCCAUCACUAAACUCCCUCCAGACCAGCAUGCAAGCGGUAGUGAUCUAAAGAAAAAUCGAUCAAAUAGUUUCGAUGUUUCCCUUUACCAAAAUAUCAAACAGUUGGCCACCGGAUCAUCUUCUAGUGCUGCCGAGUCAACUGUAGAGCCUGGAUGGUUUACAAACCGGCACACACCGGCAAUGGCCCGACGAAAGUCGGUUAAGUCAAACAUCCCCACCGUAUCUUUUGCUAAAGAAGCUAUUGAUAAGUUGCGUGACAAAACAGACACCAAAACCGGUGAUACCAAACCCAAGGCCAAAGAGUCACGAUCCCCACUGAGUAAAUUGAAAUGGGACGGUAGAAGCAUUGACGCCAAGGUUAUAGGGAGCGCCAUUGAGAAUUUUAUAACAGGGUCAAGUUCGUCAAAAAAAGCUUCAAACUCGAAGGAAACUACAUCAAAAACAGGCAAAAAAUCAUCUUCGUCUAGCUGGUUUGGCAAAACUGAUGACGAUGAUUCGAACGAUACGUGCGAUUCAUCACUUUGUUCAACUCUCAAAGAUCUGUUUGUAAAGUAAGGAAUUGGUGAUGACUAAUCAGUCGCCAAGAGAGAUUGCAAUAUAAUAUUCCAUUAAUUGAACGGAAUGCCAACAUUUAAGCGAUAACGCUACUGCGUACGAAAACGAACCCACCUAAGCAAUGCAACAUCUAUACACUAGGCAUCAUUUCUUUUGUUGUUUGGCCAUUUCUGCAAUUUCAAUUUAUGUUUGACUUAAGAAGAUUGAAAACCUAUCUCAAAAUAGGGCAGACACAGAUCUUCUGAGCCAAUACAAUGCAAUAAAUCUCAUACAUUGAAUCAAGGGUCCUGCUUUUCGGUUCAAUGAUCAGAAAUCGUCAGCUCAUCGCCGAUUGAAGCGCGCAACAAUUCGUAAGCUACUACGAUUCGGAAGCUGCAAGCAAUUUGGUCAAUCGUUUCACAUAGCGAUGGGGCCAUUCGUAAAUAACGUGGAUUUUUUUUGUUUUAUGCUAUACAGUCCAGACACGAUUAACCGUAGCCCUCGGAAAACUUUCACUUCGGAUAAUCGAAUCACGAUUUUUUUUUUUUCGUUGUCUUAUUUUUGAUUGACGAGCUUUUGUAUGACCCGUAAACUACGCUUAAGUGAUUUAUACUUUUUAUUAAAUCCAAUAUGGCGUUGACGAAAUAUUGAAAAAAAAUGUUUUUAAUUGUCAAUAAACUAUUCAAAUUUGACUAACUCGAAUUUGAUGGUCAAAACAAACAUUUUGCUUAAAAAAAGUGGGAGAAAUGGAAUACAAUUUUAAAUUCAGUUAUCUUUAACUUUUUGCCAUUUCCAGUUGAAACGAAGUAUCAAAAUAUAUACAUUUGUCAAUUUAAAAAAUAACAUGAAAGUUAUAAGAUUUUUAUUGAAGACUAAUUGUUUGUGUUUCUACUCUGAAUCAUAAUAAUGAAUUUCCAUUUUGAAUUAUUUUUUAAAUUUUUUGUUCAGUUUCUGUGUUUACAAAAAUUGCCAAUAGUUGGAUGUUUUUAAAUUAAUUUAGAUUUGUUUUUUCGGUGGUUGAUAUUGACUUUUCUUAUAGAGAGUUUUUGUUUGUAAUCAUUAUUUAGAUAAGAAAUGCCUAUUAUUUGAGCUUUCUGGAAAAGUCUGGAAAAAAGUCGGGAAAAAGUCGGGAAUUUGAAAAUGGGAUUUGAGUGGUCACCCUGGAAUUAUCAAUUCGAUAAUAGUAGUUUAUGCAACAAGUUGCAAAAAAAAUGAUUUUUUCAGCACGAGUCGUACAUUUAUCCAACGAGGUUCACCGAGUUGGAUAAAUACGACGAGUGCUGAAAAAAUCAAGUUUUACAACCAGGUCCAUACAACAUUUUUUGCAAUUCCGAAAAACACCCAUUGAGUGAAAUUUUAAGUCAAAUUUUCAUGUAUUUUGUCAAUAAAUCGUUCAAAUCAAAAAAAUGUUGAAAAAUGAUACUUUUCGAAACAAGUGCUGACAAGUGCACUGAAAUGGGUGCUGAAAAGUAGAACUUUUCAGCAUUUAUUUUGAAAAGUUACUAUUCGAUUCUGUUAUUUUUGGUAAAGCAAAGUAGGCUGUUUCGUCGUUCAAGAAUAAAAGGCAUUAAGAGACAGAGUUGUUAGUGAUAGAUAUUAUAUACUUAAAUCAUUAGUUAUUACUUACUUGAAUCAUCAAUCGUGAUUUGAACAAUAACAAAAAUUAAAAACAUAUCAUAUAAAAAUGAUAUGCUAUUAAAUUGAACUCAGAAUUAAAAAAUAAAUAAAAAUGUACAAAAGAACAAUGUGUGGCAUAGGGGGGAGGGUUUAUUUUUUGCUGAUUUUAGUGUGCCAUACUUUAUGGACGCCUCAUACUAAAAAUAAUGUUAUUAUCUUUGUUAAAUAAAUUUGGGGGAAGAGGGGGGGGGGGUUGUAAGGGUGGGUGGGGCCUUAAAUGUUGUGAAAUAUUUUAUGGACGACCCCUUUGGGAGGUGCUGUGCAACCGCAAAGUAACCAAAAGUACCGUGCGCCUCCAUUUACACAGUUAAAAAACUGAAAAUGACAAAAAAUCGAAAAUCCCUAGGUGAAAUAUUUUCUAGGUCACAGAUAUCGAAAAGAGACCCCCUUAGCUACCUUUCCACGAAAAAACAUUUUAGGUACAUUCAAUUUCAAUAAUAAUUGCCUUCCGCCAUGGCGUGGGGGGCAUUUGUCUCGAAGCCCCAGUCACGGCGUUCUCGCAGGAUUCUUACAGAAUUCUAGUAGAGCAAAACUAUUCUUACUAGAACGCUGCCAUCAUCUUCCUAGAUCUUUGCGAGAAUUCUCAGAGAAUUCUAGCUCAAAUGCAAUAACCGGUUCUAGCAGAAUCCGGUGAAAGCAACCGGUUUUGUUAGAACCCUGCUAGAAUGCUGCUACACACAAAGAAAAAAUACUCUGAAUUUAAAAAGAUCGCUCGUUGGAUUAAAAGUUCGCGUUGGUGAAUAUUCGUAGAAAGUUCAAACUUUUCAAUUUAAAAGUUGGAAAGUUUUUGAUACUACCAUGCAUUAAUGGAACAAAAUCGUUGUAUCGGUAAAAGUGUUUUACUUUUAAUUGGAAAAGAAACCUUUUAUAGCAGGAAUAAACAACAUAUGUUACAUAUGUACAUAAACUACAGUGUUAAUUUCAGAAAAAUGUGCUUGAUUCCAGGCUUGAUUUUAUAUUUAUUUUUAAAAGUUUUAAACAGUAUGUUAAAUAAGACAUUUUGUUAUUGUAUUUAACGCUUCUGGCCAAAAUCCGAGUCCAAGUUGUACCGAUUCCUAGGGUACGCCACCGGUCACUUCCGAAGACCCCAAGCUGGACGGUUCCAGACGGACGUUUUGACGCGCGACAGCAAAGUAGAGAACAGGAUGGUCACGUUGCCGGCCUUCAUCAGGACAGGUUUGGAGAAGUUAGCUGUAGAUUCGGCAAGGGUGAUCGACGUUUCCUGGCUGGAAAGUGAAGUGCCUGAACGGGGAGUUCCCGAUUCUGGAAGCGCAUCCAGAAGAUUGGGUUGAUGAGACCCUCGGAACGGAAUUCGAUUUCGAGCACUUCAUCCUCCUUCGAGAAUGACAAAGAUUUUUUCGGCACGCUGUCCAGGGUUCAUUCGGUUGGAGCUGCGCCGUCGCGAGAUGAACAUUUGUGGAAGGUUAUUUGCUAAAAGAGAUGGGAGUAAGUGAAGUUGGCAAGCCACUGUACAUAUUCUCAUUACUCACAGGUGUUGUAAACCGCCGGCACCGAGUGCAACAUCCGCUCUGGCUACCUCCGAUAAUCCCGCUUCUCGACGUCCUCCCCUUCGUCGGCUUCUUCUCCUCACCGUGAAAAUCUCGUACUUGUCCAAAAACCGGAUGUUUAUCUUCUUCAACGCAAUCUCGUUGUUCACGCAACUCUUCGGCAGCACCAUCUCCUUGAUGAUCUCGUUACAGUCCUCGCGGGAAUUGACCUUCAAUCACCAAUCCCGGGCCACCACCACCGAAUACAACCGGUGCGAAUACACAUUCCUACCUCCCAUUCUAAAAAAACUAACAAAAUCAAUCACAAGCCCCACAAAACACCCAAGCUUUCUUCUUACCCAUUCCGGUCGUGGAACAGCUACAGUUCCUGCAGGAAGCUCGCCUUGUCCUUUUUGAGCACUUCACCUUGUCCCGCACCCGCACCACCCUCCUUUGAAGGUGUUCCGCUGCUGCUGUUUGGCUCACGAAGGUUUCCGCGUCCGAUUCCUGGCUGCUGCCUAGAAUCACCAGCACCACCGGACCCAUCAAAGUGUUUGUUUACAUUUGGAACUUAGUCGUACACGGUUACACGAGAACGUCAAAAUGAAAGAAAUUCAACAGUCGUAUUAAAAGUUAAGACUUUUAAAUCAGUUAGUAAGGAGAUUUUAAAAAACUUUACCAGUGAAAGUUUUCAUAUUUUAAACAAGAAAAAAACUUUCCCUCAAGCUAAUUUUAGCAAAUUUUUAAAUCAAAAAUAAGUUACUUUUGUCAUUACGGUAAUAUUUUUUUGUGUGUAGAACUAUUCUGACAGGCCAUCCUGCUAGAAUUCUGUAAGAAUUUUGCCAUAAUGAGACGGCAAAAUUUUCUGCUAGAAUCCUGCUAGAAUUUUGUCGGAAUUUUAUUGUGGAAUAAAUUUAAGCUAAUUAAAAUUUCAUUUCGAACAAAAUUUAUUUCUUUGUUUAUUACAAGUAACUUUCCACAUUAAUGCCGGUCACACUAACGGUCACAUAACUUUUUAAUACUCAAUGGAGGCGGCUGUUCAUUCUUCGGUAGCACACUUUGCUUUCUCUGCUGUCCGAGUAGCGAGUAGCGAUGUCGUGGCCAAUGAUGCCGAGGGGAGAAUCCGGACUCCAGAUCCGAGGUCUGGAUGUCGCCAAGACUGCAGAGACAUGCCUGCAAAAAGCGGAAAAUGUGGUUAAGUUUCAUCAUGCCUAAAUCUAUUCGCAAAGUAUGCCGAAAUUGUGGGAGUGAUGUUACCUGCGAUGGUGUGUCCGUGGAGAUCGACCUUCUGGGAUGGACAUCCGGUGUUGCCACUUCUAAAGCAGCAUAAUAUCAGUUUGAUUUUUACUUUCAAACGGUAUGGCAAUUUGAAGAGUGCAGGGUUUUUUUAUUCGCGAAAAACGUCCAUCUUGUUCAAAUGGGCAAAAAUUAAUCUUGUUGCAACAUGAUUUGAACCGGUAAAACGCCAGCCAAUCAGUGAGCAGUAUUUUUCUGCUAGAAAAUUCUUGCAAAAUUCUUACAGAAUUCUGACAAGGCUGCUAGAAUCAUUCUAGUAGGAUUCUUACAGAACCAAUUCUGUAAAAAAAUCUCGUAUCUGGGUUUGUGCUUGUGUCAACCCUCUGGCACCACUGUAAAUGGCUAGAACGUUUGACAGUCACCAAAACCUCGAAGAGCCCACGUAGUAGUAUUAGUGAAGAGCCCACGUUGUUUAUUGUGGGCUC